UAUUUCUCAAUCCUGCGUAUCGGAGGGCACUCUUUAUUACACUGGGACUGCAGGAUACGCGAAGUGGGAGACUCAUGGCAGAGGCCACUCUACUGCUGGCGGUAAUGAAACGUCUUUCUAAAGGACAUUUUCAACCUCUCGACUGGAAAAGCAGAGUCGGGCUCGCCUUCGCCGCCUCCUAAAGGGGGGCGCUUGGAGAGGGAUAUACCACUGUGAUCCUGGUGCAGUCGCAACCGAGGAUUAUUGCGUCUCCAAGACAUUUUCCCGAUUUUUAUGCAGACUGGAUAACUCCACGAAAAGGAUUUGUCACAAUGGCAACACAGUGGAUUUUCCUCUGGCUUAUAAGCAGCAUUGGCUGUCUUGCUGCAGAUGAGGUUAUUACUAUAAAAGAUGCAGAUAAGCUCUUGGAUGUGAUAAAUUUCACCACGAACAUCCCAAGUUCACAGAAACUUCCUCACUUUACUACAUGUCGGUCACCAGAACAAGAAACAUUUUCAUGUUGGUGGAGUGUGGGGGACUACACAAAUCUAACAGGGCCUGGAAUGCUGAGGGUCUUCUACAAAAGAAGUUUUAAAAAUACAGGAGGAGAAUGGAAUGAAUGUCCAGAUUACCGAGUUGGGAUUGAAAAUGAGUGUUAUUUCAACACGACGUAUACAUCAAUCUGGGUCCCAUACAAUCUUGAGCUAAGGUCGGAAAACAAAGAUGUCCUUUAUGAUGAAAGGUCCUUUAAUGUGGAAGACAUAGUUAUCCCUGAUCCACCUGUCAACCUGAACUGGACGUUGCUGAACACUAGCCAAACCGGUCUACACUAUGAUAUCCUACUGCGAUGGGAAGCUCCUCCCACAGCUGAUGUAGCGAAAGGCUGGAUAACCCUGAUUUAUGAGGUCCAGUACAGAGCAGUCAACGACACAGAAUGGAAAGUGAUGGAACAUGAAAAAGAAAGUUACUUAUCAAUUUAUGGACUUAAGACCAACACUAUUUAUGAGAUAAGAAUACGGUGCCUGCAGCUCAAUUUUGACAAGUUUAGUCGAUUCAGUGACAUCGUUUAUGUUUACAAUUUUGUGCCAGUAACCAAAGAAUCCACGUUUCCAGUUGCAUUUGUCCUUAUUUUCAUUGUGGUGGGAGUUGCAAUAGUGCUCAUGUUAAUAAUUUUCACACGCCAACACAGGUUAAUGAUGUUACUUCUUCCACCUGUCCCAAUUCCAAAAAUAAAGGGAAUCGAUCCAGAACUUUUAAAGAAAGGUAAACUAGAUGAACUGAACUCAAUACUGAGCAACCAGCAAACAUACAAAACUGAGUUUACUAAUGAUGACUUGUGGGUGGAGUUUAUUGAGCUGGACAUUGAUGACCCAGAUGAAAAGUUAGGACAUUCUGACACUCACAGGCUGCUGAGCUUAGAGCACCUAAAAUCUGGUAAAAGUCUGAGCAUGAAAGAUGACGACUCGGGACGUGCCAGCUGUUAUGAGCCAGAAAUACCUGAAAUGGAUAGCCUUCCUUUCAAUGUAAACCUUAUGGAGGGAAAUCCUGAAAAGGCAUGUGUCCUAAACUCAGAAGGCACUGUUCCUAAUCCAGAUCUUUCAUCACCCAAUGCAACUCAAGCAAAGGCUGAGCCGGAGAAAGCUAAAAUUGAGUCCUCAGGAAGUGAAGAGAAUAUGCCAGUCAGACCUUACCCCUUAAUCCAAACUCAGAUGAGCAAUCAGAGUUGGGCAAACAUGGACUUCUAUGCGCAAGUGAGUGACAUCACUCCAGCUGGCGGGGUUCUACUCUCCCCUGGCCAGCAAUGCAAGUCAGAGAAGACACCUGAAAAGGAGAAACCCGCUGAAGCCAAAAAGUACCAGUUUGCCAUGACUUCUGACAGUGCCUACACCUCUGAGAUAGAUGCAAAAAAAUUAAGUGCCAUACCUGCCACUAAUGAGAAUGAUCAGAACCCGGAGAAGGAUCUGAGCAAGGAAAAUUGCAUUUCGACAGAAAACCAGUCUGAGGAGAGCCCUUACACAGCAAAUGAAACGACAGUCAUCACCAUGCCUCCUGUCUCAGACUACACAUCUGUUCAUAUGGUCGACUCCCAGCACAGCUUGCUUUUAAAUCCUACUGCAGUGCAAACUAAGGACAUGUCUAUGCAAGUAGGUUACCUUACCCCAGACCAGAUGAGCAGCAUCAUGCCAUAAAUAUUUCAUAGGGGGAUAUAUUUGAUCAGAUUAGCUAUUAUAACAUGCUGUAAACCAAAUACAAGAUGUUUCGACUGAAUGGUACUAGUUUCAGUCUUACUGAGAGAGGGGAAACAGAUGCUAGUUUAGCUACUGCUGUUAAUCUUAUUUAAAAACUGAUAAGUGAACAGUUCAAGUGACUGAAGUGAAAUGUCCAACAAAAUAUGACGUCAUGCUUCAGUUUUGUUUUUUUUUUUUGUUUUUUUGAACCUGCUAGAAGGGCUACAGAGGUAUUAUAUACAUUGCCCUAAAGAAAAUGACAAGAGGUGGCCUGAUGCACACAAGUGUUACUUAAAAACUGGAGUGGAUUCAUUUCAGUGACCUUCUUUAUUUUCAUUGAAAGACAGUUUAAGCUGCAGAAAGUGUUUUGAACUGUCCUAAGUGAGCGCUUGUAAAUGUUGUCACGGCACUGCUUGUCUGUGGCUGUAAGUUGGUCUGCUGGUUUUACUCAGUGAAAUCUGUUCAAGAAAGAAUGACGUUUUAGCUUGGUUUGCUUUUGAAUGUUUUCAUUUUUUGUUAUGAGUACUUCAUACCCUACAUUAUGGGUUGAUGUAAUCCCCAUAUAUUGGCUACCUUGCCUCCUAUUGUUAAUGGUGAUUUUUUUUUUAAAACAAAAAAAAAAAGAAAAAGCUCUUAGAAAAUAAAAGGCUAAGAUUUAUUGAAAAUAAUAUCACAGCUGAACUUUAGAUUUGUGUUAUUAUAAUUAUGUAAUGUGUAUAAAAAUCCAUUAUUUUGAUAUUCAUAUUCUGUUUAACAAAUGUGCCCGUAACCUUGUGUAAGAAUAUAGCGGGUUGGAUAAUGGAUGGAUGGAUUAACAAAUGUGAUAUUUCUUUACAGGUCUUUCUGAUAAGCUAAGAUAUCUCUAAAUCCUAAGAUUAUUAUUUUAUGGUACGAGAAAUAAAUAUAUUUUCAUAGUAUUUGCAGCUGUUAGUUGCAACUCUAGUAAAACAACACUUUAGGUACACUGGUCAUUUUUAGUCAUUCAUACAUGGUUGCAUUUUUGGGAAUGAGUUCUACCUGUGAUGGUGGGUGUUUUCUUUUUUUUUUUUGAAGAUCUGAAAGCUCUUGAAGAGAUCUAAAAUGCUGGUCCUUUAUUGGUUUGUUUGUGUAAAUACAUAAUGCUUCAAAACUCCGCUGUUCUGGUUACAACAUUUCACAUACAAGCAGGUAUAACAUAACACAUGGAAGCAGAGGAGCUGCCUGCUUGAUGGACCACAGAUAACAUGAAUGUUUCUGUCUAUCUCGCCAUCUUUCAGACCGAGUAUGCUUUCACCAAAGUAUGUUUCUAUUGUAUUUUCUUGGAUAUUGCCUAUAAGCUACACUGUCUUUGGGACUACAUGAAUGAGUUUCGGUUAGAAUUGCUAUCUGCAGUUAAAUGGCUGUGAUUUUUUUGUUGUUAUUAUCAAAGAGCAUUAAGAAUGUCUAUACAGUAAAUCGAUUUGUAGAUUUCUUUAUGUAUUAUGACGACCAGUCUGUUUAAGACCAGUGAGCCUCAUCCUAGAAGCUGAUAUUUGCCCAAGAAUCUCUAAAAAUAUUGCAGUCCUCAAUAAGAGAUGUACUUCUGCAUGUCAAAGCAAUGCUUGGAAAAAUGCAUUGUCGCAAGGAGGAUGAAACCCUUUGCCUACAAUAAUUUGCCAAAAUCACUCUUCUCCAAAUGGGAAGCCUAUGCGAUGAUAUGUUGAAUGUUCUAAAAUGUCAGGCAAAACUGUUGGGGAAACAAAGAAGCUUUGCCUCUACUGUAGAUUAUGGCCUGUUUCUAGAAACUAUACCAUAUGUUACCAUGAAAAAUGGCGUGUGCCAAAGCUUUUAGAACUAAAUCAGGUUGUUUGUGAAAAAGUAUAUUUAAAAAUACAUAUUUUUCAGUACUUGACAGAUACAGUAUAUCAAAGCAGCUUUUAGCUUGUUGACAUAUAUAGACUCGACGGCAUAUCUGCCUGUCCCGCCCCAGUAAACAAAAUAUUUUUAGGUUAAUUUGGUAUCUUGUACCAAAGAAUUACAUAUUAAAGAUGAUUCUCUUUUGUUUGGUUACAAUAUAUAAAAAUAAGUUAUUUCUAGGUUCUUUGAGCAUAUGUAACAUACUCCCAAAUGAUAAGAUGUUGUGUAUUUAAUUGGCAUGAGUGUAAAUAAACCUUACAUACUUACAUAAUCCAUCGAAACAUUGGCACUAAGCAAUUUUUCCCUCAGUUAUUGUUUUGUAUAUUACACUCAGGAGAAAUUUUAGAUUAGUAAAUAGCUUAUUGCAUCCCUUACCUAUCUUGCUGCUUGCGUAUUUUGCACUUGUUCAUACUACUUAUUUUCAUAAACAGCUUUAUUAGUGGUAGCCACAGUCUUAAAAGUUAAUCAUUUAAUUUUUUUGCAUUAGUUGAUCUGACAUUCAUCAUUUACCAAUUUUUAAUAAAGUGGGUGACUUGCCAAUGUGUGCUUGGGGAAUUAAUGCAUUUUUAAUAAACAAAAGUGCUCUUCUUUCCAGGUAAGUAGUAUGCACAGCGAUCAUCAAUGUUCUAGAAAUCAUUUUACAUGUAGCUUUUAAACUUUCAGAUAUCUCAAAUAAAUAAACUGUCAUCCUCAUCAAGAUGGAAGCAGAAGUAGAUCAUUAACCACUGAAUGUAUUACUUUGUAGCGUAUUUAUUUUUGGAGAGAUGCACUUAAAUAUUUGCUUGGAAUCAGGUCAUUGGAGAGAUUUUUGUACAUUUCCCUGAUUAUAUUGUCUGUCAUUUCCUAAAGCAGAAUUCGCGCACAGGAAGCUCCAGGGUGUAUGUAUUAUACAUAUCAAAGUUUUGAGUGCAGGAUUUAAAUAUUUAGUUAGAAGAUACCAAGUUGCAUAUAGACUACUUAAUAAAUGCAGAGCUUAUCGUUCAGUCAGCGAAUUCUGGUAGAUAGGUAUAUAAAGCACAGCUCAUGUUCUCAUCUUAAAGAGUUCAAUAAGUCAGUUUUUACACAUUUCCACAAUUGUCAAGCAUGUAUUCCCAAAUAAAAGCACUUGGGGUCAGCUCCAUGAAUUUCAGUAAAUGUUUUUAAGCUGUUUCGCUAUUAUUGUAUUCAUUCAAUAUUUAAGAAAUGAUAUAUCUGAACACUUAACCAAUAGUGCAUUAAGGAUGGGGCCUUUAGUAAUCGAAGCCUGUUUUGUAAAAUGUGGAGGUGUGUGUGAUUAAGAACAUACCUUCCUUUCUUUGUACUACAGUAGAAUCUAAUAAAGCUUUUAAUAUGAGUGCCAUCAUUUGAAUGCUGAUUGUAAAUUAGAGCUAUUUGUAAUAAAACAUGAUGUAUUUGUUAAUUGAUAUUUACCUCUAUAUUUAAAAUAAGCUGUUUUCAGUUGUAAAAGAUUGUAUUAAUCAACCUGAGGAUUGUUUCUCAUUAUGUAAAGAGGUGAACUGUGGAGCUUAGAAAGAUGACAUAGAAAAAAUGUUAGGUGAAUAAAAAAUCUUGCUGUUUCAUUUCUGGAAUCUGUCUGAAAUAACAGAUAACAUAAAGCGAUAGUAAGCUAACAGAGAUGGAGAUGAGGAGGAUUCUUCAAAGGCCACCGAUACUUAGGACAAGGUUAUCGCAAUAGGCAUUUCUUGCUUGGUGACUUGUUGCAUCAGUAGCACCAACUGUGCUUUUUACAGAAGAAAAAACAAUGAACAUUUAAUAGAGACUUUUAACUGCUUUAUUUGUUGUGAUGCCAGAUGUCACCAUGUCAGUAUUUUUUCAAUGAAACUGGCUGAUAAAACAUAAGUGAAAAUUAGUAGUAACGUGAUUUCAGAUUAGGUUGAUUUGUUUGUGUUCACAUAGGCUAUUACAAUGUCAGAUCAAAUCACCUACACCUUCUUAUGAGUCUGAACAAGUCUACUGGCGUGUUAUUCUGUGUAAUCAUUACAUGGGCCGCCAUAGCAUGAGACACUAUUUUGAUUAGAAGACAUGCUUUAGGUGUCAACUACAAUAUGCUUAAAAUCUUUAGAAAAAUCAGUAUUCAAAACCAACAGGUAGGCAGUGUUCAUUUGAAUUGGCCAAAGUAAUGUAAGCUUUGUUUAUGUUUGUCUUAUGAGAAAACAAUUAGAUGUAGCCUGUAAUUAGGAAUGCUGAGUCUGGCUCGGAUUGUAUAGGUAGGGAAAAACAGAUGUAGAUGUCCGACGCUGCUGAGAUGUGUUUGUUUUUUUGUGAAGUCAUUAUAAGUACUUUAUUGUAUAGCUACAGUAUAUACAAUAACUAUUAUUGCUAUAGCUAUUAUUGUAUAAACUCCUGUUAAUCUGUGUAUUUCUAGCCUUCAUGCCAAUGAUAAAGGCAAAAGUCUAGGCAAUCAAUUUGUGAUGUUAUUCUAAAAUAUAGCUACAGUGACAUUCACCAGCAUAAAUUCUGACUGUAAAAUAUGUGUAUAUAAUAUUUUUGACUCUUUCUGAUGCCCAGAUUUUGGUCUUUAUCUACAAGAGGGCAGAGGUAAUGCUUAACCUUUGGUUUGAGUAUUAUGUACAGUAAAUAAACUAUUUCACAUUGCCAAGAAGCAAAUAGGCUAGUAAGCCUGGAUGCAUUUAGAAUAAAGACAAAAUAUGUCUGCCUUAUUAAGGACCUAUCUCUUAAAAUGCUGCUGUGUCUGAAAUAUUUUAAAUAUGCACGUUUAAAAAUGUCUUAAUUUGAAAAUGUUGAGAUGCAAUACAACUGUUAUUUGGCUAUGUGCUGUAUUAAAUUUGAUGUGCUUGCCUAUCAAGUGUUGCAGAAUUCUGUCUUUGGAGAAUUUUGGCCAUAUGAAUUUCCUCAAAAGUGAUGGUAAUCGCAUUAACUUAAACGGUCUUCUGUGAAUCAGUCGCCCCCACUUCAAAUAGCAUACAGUAUGUCUCUGAGAUUCUGAGGACAGAAAUCUGCAAUUGUAAUAGAUACAGCUUCUUAUGAUGACUUGCUACAGUAUAGUAAAUGGCUUUAUCAGUUUAUAAAUGCAAAUCUAUGUUAAAAAUGAGAACAUCUACCUGCUUAGUGAAGACAGUGUAACACUUCAAGCAUGCACUUGGCAGUUCUUUCUCCUUAUAUAUUUGGCAAAGACUUGCACGGGUGGUAAUUCUAAGUCCCAGCUGCUUAUAUAGCCUUGUGUCCUUUCUCGUGGAUUUACAAAGGCAGCCUUGUGCAGUUAGCAAGAGUGUUGCUGAAUGAGGCCCCUUUUUGGAAGCAACCUUGCUGAAAAGUAUGUGUUUGAGGAGGUUGUAUUUAAAGACUGUCUUUGCAUAUUAAAAUGGAAAAGGGUCUGUGUAGAAGUGUAUUUUCCUACUGAAUGUUUUUUUAUUAAAAAGACCAACCUUUACAGAUGUAAAUGGUGAAUAGUUCUUUAAGAGCCUUACUGCAUUUAUGCGCAAUACAUAACUACAAUAUACUUUAAUAGUUUGAGCUGUAAUACUUCACUCAUUUUCAAAGUUUUGGAAGAUUUCAAAUGACCUUUUCUGUUGUGUUAUGUUCAGUAUGUGUGAUUUCUCUUUUUGCUGCUGCACCUUCUUAGAAAAUUACCACUGUUCAAUUUAAAUACAAAUGAUUAAUGUUUUAUGAAGUCAGUUUGUAUGUGCUUUGAUUCUGUAAUUGCUUCUGGUCAUCUAUUGUAAUAUUUGAAUACCUCAGAGUAAUUAACUGCAAAUGGUGUUUCAGCAGCCUAAACUGUGUUUUUGUGCUAAGACAGUUCUCAUUUCUUCAGUGUUCUACAUGUUUAGUUGAUUCUGUAUUUUCCCAGAGUUCUAUAAUAAAUUUAUUUUCCUGGCA